CGUGGUACCAGCUACCUACCAGAUGACUUAUGCGAGUUUGAACUUAUGCCUCUCCCAGCUCCAGAACAAGCUAGAGAACGCCUUGAAGAGUCUCUCAGAGAAUCUGGAUCAAUGGACUCAAAGUCAUGCCCUUCUUUCCCAGAACUAUACGAGAAUUUGGCUAGGGCUGGUUACGAUCACAGAAUUUUCGCUAGAUUCAUUAUUGAUCUCAUUGACCUCAUAAGAUCUCAUGAGGAAGUGAACAUUGCUGUUGCCGUUAUCUUUGAUGCUGUUACUAGAUGCCGAUUGAAGGUAGUGGUAGAACAUGGAUGCACAGUUAUUGAUGAGCUUCUUUCACAUGAACAUUCUGGAAAACACUUCUUUUAUCUAGUUGAAUGUAGCUACUGCUGGGCUAUGAAUCAGCUAACUGAUAAAAGCUCCCAAUGUCGCACUUUAUCGAUAUCUCGGAUCUUAUGGUCCGCUUGUGAGAAAUCUCGCGAUCUGAUGGAAAUUUUCUUUGAGUCUUGUCGGUCUACACUUAAUGAUUCAGCGCUAGACUCUAAAGUGCAUCAACGGGUGCUCAAAACCUUGAAGCUAUUUGCUUCAAAAGCGGAUUGCGGUAAGUUUCAAACUAUUUAG